AUGCCUAUCGCCGUUUCGAAGACUCCCUCCGGAGUGCCUCCCACCGUCGAGGAGGUCUCCUCGCUUAUGAAUACAAUUUUCACGGCCGAAACUUCACAGCUGUCCCUCGAUGCCUCGUACGCUCUGACCAACCUGCUCAUCCAGAGUGUCGGAGCCUUCGGCUUUCGCAGAUACAACAUCCUCCCCGAGCUGAAAAAGGCGGCGGGAGAUAAGAAAGAUGGUGCCCGACGGGAAAGCGCUAUGUUGAUUCUUGGCGCUCUCUUCGAGCGUUUCCCCCAAGAACACCCCCUGAGCGAGGUCGUCUUUCUCCUCCAGGAUGGCGGUGUCCUGAACGUUGCCCUUGACGCCUUGGCCGAUAAGGGCGCCGUCGUGCGUGAUGCCGCGCAGUACGCCAUCGAUGCUCUGUUCGCUUGCCUGAAGCCCGAGUCGAUGGUCAACGCUCUGAUUCCCGCCAUCUCUGCCUACCUCAACAAGAGCACGGGUAAGUGGCAGGGCUUCGUCGGCGCCUAUGCUCUCCUAGAGAAGAUGGCUGUCCGCGCCCAGAUCGGCCAGGGAACCAUGGAGGAGGAGCGUCAGAAGGAUCUUCUGCGCAACUCGAUGGGCAAGACCCUGAAGGAGCUGAUUCCCCUGGUGGAGUCGGGCAUGCACGACCUCAAGAACGAGGUCGCCAAGCAGGCCAGCAAGACCAUGACCGCGCUCACCACCCUGUUGGAUAACGACGACGUGGCUCCCCGGAUCCCCCUGCUGAUCGAGACCAUGGAGAAGCCCUCCGAACAGACUCUGCAGAAAGCGAUCCAUGCGCUGUCCCAGACCACCUUCGUCGCCAUCGUGGCAUCUCCCGUGCUCGCCCUUCUGACCCCCCUGCUGGAACGCUCUCUCAAUGCCCCCACCACCCCCCAGGAGACUCUUCGCCGUACCGUGGUCGUCGUGGAGAAUCUCACGAAACUCGUCCAUGACCCUGCCGAAGCGCGCACUUUCCUGCCCAAGCUCAAGCCCGGUGUUCAGGCCGUCAAGGACCGCGCCUCGCUUCCCGAGGUCCGGGAGCUCGCCACCCGUGCCAUGGACGUGAUCGAGAAAGCGAUGGGUGAUAGCAGCCUCGCCUCGGGCUCCAUCGCGAAGACGACCGCCGAAGAAGUCCUCGCUGUUCUUACCGCGAAGAUUCAGGAGAACGGCGGCCUGGCCGUGGCGGACGAAAAGACCCUGUUCGAGCUGAGCAAGAGCUACAUUGCCGAGAUGGUGCGCGAAGACGUCAACUCCAGAAUGCACGACCGCAUCCCUGCUUGCAUCGGCCCUUAUCUCAGUGGGUUCCUCGCGGAUGAUAAGCACACCGUCGUUGCGUCGGCCGUUCAGGAGCAUUUCAUCGAGGAGGACCACCGCAAGUUCGGCAAGCCCAUCCCCGACGACCCCAACGAGGUGGAAAUUGUCAACGCCAACUUCUCCCUGGCCUACGGUGGCAUGCUUUUGCUGUCGCACACCAACCUUCGUCUCCUGAAGGGUCACCGCUACGGUCUCUGUGGCCGGAACGGUGCCGGCAAGUCCACUCUGAUGCGCAGCAUCGCCAACGAGAAGCUGGAAGGAUUCCCUCCCCAGGAUGUGGUCCGGACCUGCUUCGUAGAGCACAACCAGGGCGAAGAUGCCGAUCUGAGCAUCAUCGAGUACGUCUCGAAGGACCCCAAGAUUGCCGAGGCUGGGCAGGAGCACAUCAGCCAGGUUCUCCUCGAGUUCGGUUUCACCGAUGGCCCGGAAGGCAGACAGAACCAGCGGGUUGGCUCGCUGUCGGGUGGUUGGAAGAUGAAGCUCGCUUUGGCCCGCGCCAUGCUCAUGAAGGCCGACGUGUUGCUUCUGGACGAACCUACUAACCAUCUGGAUGUUGCCAACGUCAAGUGGCUGCAGGAGUAUCUGAAGAAGCACACCGACAUCACCAGUUUGAUCGUCAGUCACGACUCCGGAUUCCUAGACGAGGUUUGCACGGAUAUCUACCAUUACGAAGGAAAGAAGCUGGUGAAUUACAAGGGCAAUCUCGCGGCGUUUGUCAAGCAGAAGCCCGAGGCCAAGAGCUACUACACCCUGUCCGCCAGCAUGGUUCAGUUCAAGUUCCCUGCGCCCGGCAUUCUCUCCGGUAUCAAGUCGAACACCCGCUCCAUUCUCCGUAUGACGAAUUGCUCGUUCACCUAUCCUGGCGCGAGCAAGCCGUCUCUGACCGACGCGUCCCUCUCGCUGACGUUAUCGUCCCGCGUUGCCAUCAUCGGUGGCAACGGUGCCGGUAAAUCGACCUUCAUCAAGAUGCUGACCGGCGAAACGGUCCCCCAGACCGGCAAGGUUGAGAAGCAUCCCAACCUGCGUAUCGGUUAUAUCAAGCAGCACGCUCUUGAGCACGUGGAGAUGCAUCUGGAGAAGACCCCCAGUCAGUACCUGCAAUGGCGUUAUGCGAACGGUGACGACCGGGAGGUCUUCCUGAAGCAGACCCGCAUUCUGACCGACGCGGAGAAGGCUCAGAUGGAGAAGCCUGUUGACCUUGGGGACGGUAGAGGGCCGCGCCGCAUCGAGGCCAUCAUGGGUCGUCAGAAGUGGAAGAAGACCUUCCAGUACGAGAUCAAGUGGGUGGGUCUGCUCCCCAAGCACAACACCAUGAUUUCGCGGGAGACCAUGAUCGAGUUGGGCUUCUUCAAGCUCAUCCAGGAGUUUGACGAUCACGAAGCCUCCCGUGAGGGUCUCGGUUUCCGGAUCCUCGACCCCAAGACCAUCUCGAAGCAUUUUGAGGAUAUCGGGCUGGACCCUGAGAUCGCCAAUCACAACCAGAUCUCCGGUCUUUCCGGUGGUCAGAAGGUCAAGGUCGUCCUGGCCGGUGCCAUGUGGAACAACCCGCAUCUGCUGGUGCUGGACGAACCUACCAACUUCUUGGACCGCGACUCCCUCGGCGGUCUCGCCGUGGCCAUCCGUGACUUCAAGGGCGGUGUGGUCAUGAUUUCUCACAACGAAGAGUUCGUGGGCGCCCUGUGCCCGGAGCAGCUCCACAUCGCCGACGGUCGCAUCGUGGCGCGGACCAACAACGCGGUGGCCCUCGACCGCUUCGAAGACAGCGCAGCCAACUCCCCGCAGCCCGGCAGCACCGUGGCCAACUCGGCCGCCACGAGCGCCGUCCCCUCGGCCGUCAACUCCGGUGCCGAGGACCAGGGCGAGCUGAAGUUCAAGGCCCGCAAGAAGAAGAAGAUGACUCGUGCCCAGGUCAAGGAGCGCGAAGUGCGUCGCAGACUGCGUCACCUGGAAUGGUUGAACUCUCCCAAGGGUACCCCCAAGCCCGUGGACACCGACGACGAGGCCGAUUAG